AAAAAUUUUGGAUGUCGAUAGCAUGGUACAUGAACAACAGUCCACCACAAGUAUUGGUUUGCACGGUGUGGCUAUUCGCAUGACCUAUAAGACGUAUAGGAGCGUAUAUUUAGACAGUGCCCCUCGAUCGGGUGGUUAGAUAGGUUGUGCAGCUGGAACAUCGAAUGCUCCACCAAUCUUGAGUUCGGUGACUGGUGCGGGUGGAAAGGAUAUCCAGAUUGACAAAUUGACAGUACCCCAGCUCGAGUAUCGUCAGAUUAAGAGCUUUACAUGAAACAAGAUAAGAAACGUGUUGUAUGUCUUCAGCGAAAAGUUUGCAAAGCCAUCGUUGUAAUUUACAUUUGAGUGGUUUCUAAUUGAUUGUUGAGUUGCACAUGAUCUGUGCAUUACUAUAAUAACAUCACCUAGAUUUCACUUUUCGUGAUAGAAUUUUCCUUCACGACCCUCUUAAGUCUCUUUACCUUAUAUUUCGUUUCUUGACGUAUGGUUGUGAUAUAUCUGACAUACUGGGACAUUAGGUCGAGAGCAGAUUUUCUGUAAAUUUAUUUAAUGUCAACAACUGGAAGAUCCUGAUGUGUUAUUUGAUAAUAUGGUAUCACCUUUUGAUCUCAAGUGUAGUAAUGAUGAACGAGAUAAGAUUGAAGAGAAGCAAAGUGAUUCCUCAUACCGACAUGUAGCAUAUGUUCUGUACGGCCCUCAAAUACAUGAAAACCAUAGUCGUCCACUAUGAACAUUGUUUUUAUAGAAGCACGUGAGAGGAAUAGUAAGUAAGUCACGCUCAAGAUUGGGUUUUAUUUUGUUAAGUGCUGAGCUGCUUUUCUCAUUAUUGGAUAGGUAUCGAAGACAAUAUCAUUGGUCAGAAGAGCUACAUACCAUCAUCCAUUAUCGUUGGCGAACUGUCAAUGCAAUAAUUAAGACCAUAAGACGCUCUUAUCAUCAAGAUAAUUGUAUCAUACUGUAGGAAUAGCUCAUAGUAUAUCACUUUUAUCGCCCAAUAUAUUAUUUAAGUAUAAAAACAAGAAUAACUUGAUGGUACCAAUUAUAGCUGCUUAAAUUAUAAAUUCUACUUGAAUAGAUUAUAGUGUAAAUGAAGAAGCCGAAAGGCUAUGAACAGGUUUUAUAAUCUAAAUUACUUAAUACUAGCUGGUUUUUGCAUUUAAGGUUAGACUGUGUGGUGCUCUUUUCAGUUAUCAUAUGCCUUUCCUUCGCCAUUGUCUUUUGACAGCUUAUGACAAAACGCCCAUCAGUAAUUUGAUUAUUAUCAAAUUACAUAAGUAGUAGAAAUUUACGAAUGCUAUAAAAUUCUUGAUGCACAGAAAUAUUUCUCCUAGUACCGGAAUGUCACAUUCUUGGUGUGAAUUGUAAAGUUUCAAUUUGAAUGCAUUUCACAAACAGCGAAGUGAAAUAAUGCUGCAGGAAAUACUUGCAAUCCUCUACAGUAUACCAAAGCUACCAAUACCAGAUUGUUCUAUCUUGUUGUUAUUGCCGAUUCAAGCUAGGCUACUCGUAGCUAAACCGUCGUAUUUGAACACAUGUUUUAGAAUCUUACUCCUAUCUGGUGCCAUGCUGAUAGGUAGCAAGGGGCAGCCGAUAUACCUUCAUGAUAAUUUCGUAGCUGGAUUCAUCUACAAUCUCGUCAUAUUUUGCUCUUGUAUGCAUUCAGUCCACCUGACGUUCACCGAUAGGAGCAUGAUUGAUGCGCCAAAAAUUAUUUCAUUUAGCCAGCACGGACAUAGUGACCUUGGUUGGUCUGGCGCUUUUGAGAUGUUGACGAACAUGAGAGGAAUAGGAAUGACUUGGGGAAUCCCCCAUGAGAAGCUUCCUCAGGCAUAUGAUACCUUCUUUAAGAGCUCGCUUAUAGAAAUUUCCAAGCAACACAUCAUUUCGAUAGGUGCGAUGGCCACACUUACUCGUUUUGGCGAUCACAAUCAUGGAAAGACACUUAUAGAGCUAAUAGGGUGUGACUUCGCAAUCACACUUGCUAUUGGCGCUCUAGGUUGGUCUUGUGUGAGUUUGGCUUAUCAUUUAUUAGCCUUCUUUGUAUAUGGAUUCAAAAAAGCGUUCGGUUUACAGUUUGACACUCAAAGAUGGCCACCAUUCUUUGGAAAUCCACUCACUGCUGACUCGGUAGGACAAUUUUGGAAUGAAAGAUGGCAAUGUGCCCUACGUCGUCAUUUUAUGAUAUGCGGCUAUAAACCAAUAUUCUAUACCAUCAAGUGGUUGAGGAUACCAGGGGACGUGGCUCAUUAUUGUGGGGUCAUCAAUGGUUUCGUCAUUAGUGGUAUCCUCCACGAAUACUGCAUGAGAUGUACAUCAGGUAAGCAACUGAUGUAUGGCAUAUAUCCCAGCUUUAACUUUUACCUGACAUCUGGUUUGGCAAUCGUACUUGAAAAAGCUAUUAAGGAGUAUACCGGCAGAAAAGUAGGAGGUAUCUAUGGUGCUUUGUGGAUGUUCAUAAUACUCUACUUCCCUGCAUUGCAUAUGGCUAGACAAGCGCUCUUAGGAUUUGGUCCAAUGCAGGAUCUCGCUGAAUGGGAAACAUGGAGGUGGCUCGUACCAUUUUCAUUCAUAGUCAAAGCAUAGCAUUAUACCUCUCAUAAACUUAGUUAAUUAUUUAUUCAUACUUUUUUU